UCCUUUUUUCUCCAUCCACAACCUAUCUAAACCCUCGGAAAGUCUCAAACAGCAUAUAUGGGGCUUUCUUUCAGGAGUUUAUCAGUGUCUUUCUCAUCCUUGUGCUUCCUUUCGAUUAUUCAUUUCUUGUGCUUCAGCCUUCUGGCCUUUGCCAUCCACAGGAACAACGAUACAGAUCGACUUGCUUUGCUUGAACUCAAGGCCAAAAUAACUGACCCUUUUGGGGUCAUGAGCUCGUGGAAUAGCACUCUUCACUUCUGCCGGUGGGACUACGUCACAUGUGGGCGUAGGCACCAGAGGGUCACAAUGUUAAACCUGAGCUCCCUCAAACUUUCAGGUCCCAUAUCACCAUAUGUUGGUAAUUUGAGCUUUUUAAAGGGGUUGUACGUAUUUAACAAUAGCUUUAGCCAAGAGAUUCCUACGGAGAUUGGCCAUUUGCGCAGACUGCAAGUAUUGUCUCUUCACAAUAAUUCAAUUGGUGGUCAAAUUCCUGCUAGCAUAUCUAAUUGUUCUAACCUUGUUAUCUUUUAUUUAAAUAAUAAUAAUCUUGUAGGAAGAAUCCCUACGUGGCUUGGUUCCUUGGAAAAGCUCAAAGAAAUCAAUAUAGCCACCAAUAAGUUAAUAGGGACUCUCCCACCAUCUUUGGGCAAUCUUUCCUCUCUUCAGCAACUGAAUGUAAAGAGAAAUAUUUUACAUGGUGUUGUCCCUGAUACUUUAGGCCAAUUGAUGAAUCUAAGGAUUUUAUCCUUGUUUGAAAAUCAGUUUUUAGGUACUUUCCCUCCCUCCAUCUUCAACCUUUCUUUGAUUGAGGUUAUAGACAUGGCACACAACAACUUAGAAGGUAGUCUUCCCUUGAGCUUAGGCAUCUCUCUUCCAAAUCUCCAAUUCUUCUCCAUUUCAGGUAACCAAUUUACUGGUUUUAUUCCAACGUCAAUUUCAAAUGCCUCAAGUCUAGAAGUGCUUCAGUUAGGCAGAAAUAAUUUUAUCGGAAGAGUGCCUUCUCUUGAAAAGUUGCAUAGGCUUCGGAAAUUAGUAGUUUCUGAAAACCAUUUAGGAAAUGGGAAAGCUGAUGACAUGGAGUUUCUUUCCACUUUGACUAAUGCCACCAAUUUACUGGCAUUUGCUAUAGACCAAAAUAACUUUGGAGGGAAGCUUCGUGAACAAUUCUGCAACUUUUCAAAAAAGCUCCAGGCGAUUUUCAUAAAUGAAAAUCAAAUUUUCGGAAACAUCCCCUCUACAAUUAGUGAUUGUGCUUCAUUGGAAAUUCUGGUUGCACAAGGGAACUACCUGUCAGGUUCCAUUCCUUCUAGCAUCGGGAAGCUUCCAAAUUUGGGUCUCUUGUUACUUCAUUAUAAUGAUUUUUCAGAAUCUAUUCCCUCCUCUUUUGGAAACAUGACAAAUUUAAUUCAAAUGGACUUAUCUUAUAAUAAGCUUCAAGGCAUGCUCCCUUCGAGUCUUGGGAAUUGCAAAAAUUUGCUAGAAUUACAUAUUUCAAAUAACAAUCUUAGUGGUCCCAUACCUCCAGAAAUUUUUAGAUCUUCGCCUUUAUCAUUGGGUCUUGACUUGUCCGGAAAUCAUUUGUCUGGCUCCAUUCCCAUAGAAGUAGAAAAUUUAAAAACCAUGGGAGUUCUAAACCUUUCUAAGAACAUGUUAUCAGGAGUGAUACCAAGUGGUCUUAGUAGUUGUACAAGUCUAGAAUUCCUGGACAUGGGUGCCAACUUGCUUCGAGGUUCUGUUCCUUCAUCUCUAAGUUCACUAAGAGGCCUUAAAAUAUUAAAUCUUUCUCAUAACAUGUUGUCAGGAAAGAUACCAGAGUUCCUAAAUGGGUUUAGUACUUUAGAGUUGUUGGAUUUGUCUUAUAAUGACUUUGAAGGUCCUGUACCAAUAGAAGGAGUUUUCAAGAACGCAAGUGCCACAUCGGUUGCAGGAAAUAAAAAUCUUUGUGGUGGCAUGCAUGAUUUGGGGCUACCUCCUUGUAAGCUUCAACAAUCGAAGUGGGAAUUGACAACAACAUGGAAGAUUAGAAUCUCAAUAGUAUCUGUGCUUAUAGCCGCAACCCUUGUGCUGAUUUGUUUGUUUUUGUGCCUAUCAAGAAAGAGAAAAAGAGAGUCUUCAUCGAUAUCUCAUGGGAAGGAGCUAUUGAAAUUGUCUUAUCAAAGUCUUCUCAAAGCUACGAAUGGAUUCUCUUCAGAUAAUUUAAUUGGUACAGGUAGCUUUGGGUGCGUAUAUAAAGGAAUUCUUGAUCGAGAAGGAAUUGUGAUUGCGGUGAAGGUGUUUAAGCUCAUGAAUCGAGAAGCUUUAAAGAAUUUUAUAGCUGAAUGUGAGGUCUUACGGAAUGUUAGACAUCGAAAUCUUGUCAAAGUGCUCACAGCCUGUUCUAGUGUUGAUUAUCAUGGUAAUGAUUUCAAAGCUUUGGUUUAUGAGUUCAUGGUCAAUGGAAGCUUAGAUGAUUGGUUGCAUCCAGCUGUUGGAUUAGAUGAAGUACCAAGGACUUUAAGUGUUCUCCAAAGACUGAAUAUUGCCAUUGAUAUUGCUUGUGCAUUGGAAUAUCUUCAACAUCAUUGUGGAACACCAAUUGUUCAUUGUGAUCUAAAACCAAGCAAUAUUCUUCUUAAUGAAGAAAUGACUGCACAUGUAAGCGAUUUUGGAUUAGUCAAGUUCCUUUCUAAUGCCACCCCUAGUUGUUCUACCAAUCAAUCCAGCUCCAAUGCAGUAAGAGGAACUAUCGGUUAUUGUCCUCCAGAGUAUGGCAUGGGAAGUCAAGUAUCAACAUCAGGUGACAUUUUUAGCUUUGGCAUAAUCUUGUUGGAGAUGUUCAUGGGAAAGAGACCUACUGAUCACAUGUUUCAAGAAGGUAUGAGCCUUCACAAUUUUGUUAAGAGAGCUUUGCCAGAACAAGUGACUCAAAUUCUAGAUCCCAACAUCAACGUUCCUCAGAUACGAUCCAAUGCAAAUGCAACAUCGGUUCAUUAUCACAAUCUUGGGAACAUAAGAAACAACAUGUUUAUUGAGUGCUUGAUUUCAAUAUUUGAAAUUGGAAUAUCUUGUUCUGCUGAAUCACCACAAGAGCGCAUGAAUAUUGGUGAUAUUGUUGCUCAGCUCUCUUCUAUCAGAAACAAAAUCUCAGGGACUGGAUUACCAUGGUAGAAAGAAGCUGCAAGUUCACUUCCAUUAGCAGGUACACAAGGUUGAUGUAUGCGAGUGUAUUUUCUUAACAAAGAAAUUGAAGAAAUAAAAGAAAAUAAAAAAGGAAUUACCUCCUUAACAAAAGCAGUAAGAGGCGAAUUAGGCAUGGGGAGUUGUAUUGCUUGAUGUAAGAAAAGCUAGACUAAAAUUGAUAGU